AAACGAACGAAACUCGAGCGCAUUCUUGACAUGGCGCCUACAAAACCACAAUCCAGCAAGAGCAGAAAGCCACCAAGCUCGGGUCCGAAAGGCAAGGUUGGCAAGUCGAAACCUAAAGGUCCUCCGCCAAAACCGCAGCAAGUCAAGACGAAGCGACCGACAUCGUCUGCAAAGCCAAAGCGCAAGGUAUACACAGAAAAGGAACUCGAUAUUCCAAAACUGAAUAUGAUCACUCCGGCUGGUGUGCAGAAGCCCAAGGGAAAAAAGAAAGGCAAAAUUUUCGUGGAUGACCAGGAGAGCAUGAUGACCAUUCUUGCCAUAGUAAAUGCAGAGAAAGAAGGGCAAAUCGAGUCAAAGAUGAUGAAGGCGAGACAGAUGGAGGAGAUUCGUGAAGCCAGACGUCAAGAGGCGGAAGCACGACAACAGCAUAAACGGGAAAAACUUGAGGAAACCAAGGAUUUAAUUCGAAAAAGUCGCAAGCGAAAGUCGGACACCACCUCCACGGAUGCUGAGAAAGUCGCAAAGACGGAGAAGCCCGGCAAGAAGCGUGUCUCUUUUGGUUGAUUUUAUAUCUAUCCAAGCUCUAUCGAUCUAUAUAUUUGCACCACUGCACUCUCGAGAGGACUACUGGCCAGCAGAAACAUGUAGGCGCCGCCUCAUGGGGUCAAAUGCGCUACCCAUAUUCGAGUGUUCAGCAGUAGAGGAAAGGGCGCCGACAGCCUUGAGAUCUGUCUCAAAUGCCAUUCUAUUGAGAAAUGCGGCG